UCCUCUUCUACGGCUCCCUCUGGUCCACAGCGGAGGCCAUGCCAUUGAAACAUUAUCUCCUUUUGCUGGUGGGCUGCCAGGCCUUGAGUGCAGGGCUAGCCUACUAUGGCUGCCCUAGCGAGUGUACCUGCUCCAGGUCCUCCCAGGUGGAGUGCAAUGGGGCACGCAUCGUGGCAGUGCCUACCCCUCUGCCCUGGAACGCCAUGAGCCUGCAGAUUCUCAACACACACAUCACUGAACUCAACGAGUCCCCAUUCCUCAACAUCUCAGCCCUCAUUGCCCUGAGGAUCGAGAAGAAUGAACUGUCCCACAUCAUGCCUGGUGCCUUCCGCAACCUGGGCUCCCUGCGUUACCUCAGUCUUGCCAAUAACAAGCUUCAGGUUCUGCCUAUUGGCCUCUUCCAGGGCCUAGACAACCUGGAGUCACUUCUCCUGUCCAGCAACCAGCUAGUGCAGAUCCAGCCGGCGCACUUCUCCCAGUGUGGCAACCUCAAGGAGCUGCAGCUGCACGGCAACCACCUGGAGUAUGUCCCUGAUGGUGUCUUCGACCACUUGGUGGGCCUCACCAAGCUCAAUCUCGGCAAGAAUAGCCUCACCCACCUCUCCCCCAGGGUCUUCCAGCGCCUGGGCAACCUCCAGGUGCUCCGGCUCUAUGAGAACAGACUCUCGGACAUCCCCAUGGGCACUUUCGAUGGGCUUGGCAACCUCCAGGAGCUGGCCCUUCAGCAGAACCAGAUUGGUAUGCUCUCCCCUGGCCUCUUCCACAACAACCGUAACCUCCAGAGGCUCUAUCUGUCCAACAACCAGAUCUCCCAGUUGCCCCCUGGCAUCUUCAUGCAGCUGCCCCAGCUCAACCGCCUCACACUCUUUGGGAAUUCCCUGAAGGAGCUCUCCCCAGGGAUCUUCGGGCCCAUGCACAACCUGCGUGAGCUCUGGCUCUAUGACAACCACAUCACUUCUCUACCUGACAAUGUCUUCAGCAACCUCCCCCAGUUGCAGGUCCUGAUCCUCAGCCGCAACCAGAUCAACCACAUCUCCCCGGGGGCCUUCAAUGGGCUGAUAGAGCUUCGGGAGCUGUCCCUCCAUACCAACGCCCUGCAGGAGCUGGAUGCCAAUGUCUUCCGUGUGUUAGCCAACCUGCAGAACAUCUCCCUACAGAACAACCGCCUCAGACAGCUCCCGGGGAACAUCUUUGCCAAUGUCAAUGGCCUCAUGACCAUCCAGCUGCAGAAUAACCAGCUAGAGAACCUGCCUAUGGGCAUCUUCGAUCACUUGGGGAACCUGUGUGAGCUGCGGCUCUAUGACAACCCCUGGAGGUGUGACUCAGACAUCCUCCCGCUGCGCAACUGGCUCCUGGUCAACAAGCUCAAGUUGGGGACGGACACACUCCCGGUAUGUUUCAGCCCAGCCAAUGUCCGAGGCCAGUCCCUCAUCAUCAUCAAUGUCAAUGUCCAAGUCCCUAGUGCCCAGAGUCCCAUGUCACCCGAGGGGCCCGCCUACUCGGAAACGCCACAGUACCCAGGAACAUCAAGCUACCCUGACACCACCUCCUCCACCACUGAAUUCACCACCAUGGAUGACUACACAGACAUGACCACUGUUGAGAACAUCGAUGACCGAGGCAAGUGGGGCAUGACCCGGGCCCAGAGUGGGCUGGCCAUCGCUGCCAUUGUCAUUGGCGUCAUUGCCCUGGCCUGCUCCCUGGCUGCCUGCAUCUGCUGUUGCUGCUGCAAGAAGAGGAGCCACGCAGUCCUGAUGCAGAUGAAAGCACCCAAUGAGUGCUAAAGAGGCAGCUGAAGGCAGGGCUGGGGGAAAGAGGGGCCACAGAGGAGCUGGGAAUUUCAUCGGUCAGCCUUCACCUCCGGGUGCACAGAGUCAUCCCCUGAUCCCACUCUGUGGGUCCUGAGAGAUAGGGGUCCCACCUUUCCCUGACCUGCCUUGUUCUCCUGUCUCCAGGAGAAGUAGGUCGUAUGGGACUUUCUUCCCACCAGGGAGGGCCUACAGAUCAUGGCAAAGCCUUCUGGGGUUCUCAUUUGUAUCCCGGAGCUUCUCGCAGAAAGCCCCUCCUCCGAAGCCUCACCAGCACUCCUCCCAGAACAACCUGCCCCAGCCUGCCCUCCUGCUGGCCUCCGUAGACUCAGUUAUCACAAUGCCUGCCCACUUUGUGGGAAUAGUUCUCCACAGGGACAGUCCCUCUUUCAAGUAUUAUGUACGUUGAUAAACCCUCUUUUGCUCCUUUUGUUUGUGUUCCCUCAAAUGAAACGUCUCUCCUUGAUUUUCUGCUCCUGAAGGCAGGGUGAGUUCUCUCCCUUAAAGAAGGCUUCAGACCACUGAACUGGUUUCUUAAGAGGUGCCCAGCAUCCUGGUUUUCUAGGUGCUGUGAAAGUGAAGGAACACGACACUCCUCGGUGCCUGCCUGGAGUCAGAGCCGUCAGCACCGUGUCCCUUGUGACUUUUGUCUGGAAAACAAAGAAAGGCACCAUGCAAAUCCAACCUUUCAGAGGAUACUUCCAGACAGAAAUGUUACCUUGAAAAAUUUAACCCUUAAAGGAAUAAAAUAAUAUAGAAGUCCUGACCCCUAAAAACCUUUAAAAUCACCUUAUUGGUACCAGAUAGAGAAAGCAACCUGGCACCCAGGGGCCUUGUGUUCACCCCUGGGCUUUUUCUCUUUUAACGUUUUACUGAAGAACAACAUACAUACAGAAAAGGGGGAGCGUGCCAAUGUGUGGGUUGACGGGUCGUCACAAACUGUACACUCCCGCGUCAUCAGCAUCCAGAUCAAGAAAAGGGAUAGCACUGGUAUCCUCCACUCCAGGCUUUCACUGGACAAGACCAGCACUUGUGGAGGUGACAUGAACUAAACUGGGGCCUGGCUUCCCAUGAGCCAGGAUGGGUGUCUCACCGCUCCCCGCCCCAACCAGCACUUGCAAAGGCCCAGCUGCCAUGGGUGGAGAAUAUGAGGGUACACGCUGGCCUGGACAGGAGCUUUUAUUAAAUCCCCAGACCGGGAGAGGCCCCCAGGCUGGCCGGGGCAGAAGCAACUGGGCUACAACAGCCCACACAACCACACCCCCCUGCCAGCAUGCUGCCUGCUGCCCAUUGGAGGCCCUUCUGCCUGGGCCUUUUAUGGGCAUGAUAUGCCUAUAACUGUUUUUAAUUUUCACUCUCCCUUUGGGGGAAGUGAAAUAGUUCAGAGAUGAGAUCCUUUAAUUGAACAGCCAAGUGUAAUGGAUGCCACAAUCCCUCUAAUGUCAUGGUAAAACUCAAUCAACAUUACAGCCAGCUGGCAACUGAGCUUCAGAAUUUCAAACACAGAAUUUCCACAGCAGGGGACUAGCAGGUCGUGCAUCUGCGGACUUUCUGGAGUUUCUCCUGUCUGCGGUCUGGUUAUGAGUUGAGUUGUUUGGUCUCCAACUUGAGGUACAGUCACAUGAUCACAUGCCCUCACCACCCUUCCUGUGGCACAUAUAAUGUCACACUGGGAAAGAAAUUACACAUGUGACGUGCUUGCCUUCCUCUGGAUAACUGACCUACCAGUUUAGCAGUUAAAAGUAGUGAAAUGGGGAUUUGAUAUCUACUCCUGGAAAGAGCUGCAGUCAAUGCUAUAAGGAUCUAGAAAUCUCCCAUCAAUCCUGACUGGCUGUUAUUCAGUCCCUCUGCCCCACAAGACAAGUAAGCACUCCCAAGGGGCCUUGGCAGCAUGCUGCUGACAGGAUGAGCAGAUCUCCCUUCCAGUCCCCUGCACAAAGGGUCUAGGAAGAUGUGUAAGAAUUAGUGCAUUCUAUAGCUUUUUACUCUGGCCCAGGGCACCUGGGAGAAAUGACAUCAUCUCACCGAGAUAAAUCUGGGUGUCCAAAGUGUUUUAGAAAUAUUUGUAGUAACCGGUAGAUGCGCAUCAAGACUUGCCAGGGCCCAAAAGAAAGUGAACCCAGUGCUUGGCGCAUGGACAACACUGCAUGGUGGCCUGGCAUACUGAUCCUGAGGCCUGCUCUCCUCCAGACAGGAGACAUGGGUGGCACUGCAUUCCUCAAGGUGCCCCUUGGAACCUGGCACCAGCAUCUCAUUGUGCAAGAGAACACUGCACUCAAGAUGGCAGACAGGUGAGGGAGGAGUCCUCCUCAUUCUGUGUGCCCUGACAAUCUGAACCCAGAGCCUCAGGUCUUUCUGGCGUUGGUCAUCACAUUGGAGUACCUUCCUUUCAGGCCUAGGAUAUGAACAUGUCUCCAGAACAAAGACUGGCCAGAGGCCUCAGAUGACACCCACCCCCUUACCCCAUCAGGAGCAGCCCUCGGGGGGUGGUAGGCCUUGGCCUUCUGAGCUUACCUAUUUAUUCUCUUCUCUCAUCAGAGUAGAUUGGAUGGAACCAUCUGAUUCCCUGUUCCUCAGUAGGUGAAUCAUAUUAUUUGGUCAGGGAACUGCUGGAGAAGCUGAGUGGAGUUUCCUUUCCAACAGGACUGGCAUGAGCCACUUGGGCACCCAAAGUUGAGGCUGGGUCCAGAAUUCACUUUGCUUUCCCUCUGCUCACUGGCUCCCAGGUCACCUUGUCAACACCUGCAUCUCCAUUUGAGUUGUUGGGGGGAAGAUAAUUAAAGAUAAUUAAAGUAGAACCACUCUUUUCCAGACAUGCUUCUUGUGCAUAGGUGCUCCCUCAAGCUCCUGCCAGGCAUCCUCUUGUUAACCCUCACAACGCCCUGUGCACAAGUCCUGCCAUUAUCCCCAGUGAGCAGGCCUGAAGCCACUUGUUCUGCGGCAACAUUAUUCCACAGGCGGUGUGUAUUCCUUCUCUUUUCAGCUUUGUACAAGGCCUCUUGGGGCCGUCUUGGGCUUUCGUCAUUAAAGGAAGAAAAUGGAAGCCUCUCUCCCACUCCCCCACAAAGUCUUUGCCACCGGGACUGUGAGAAUCAAAAGAUUUGCAGAAGGCAGGAAAAAAUUAAACUCAUCCAUCCGUUAAAGGAAAUAGGCUCCACUCAUGAAGUUGUUGGCUUUGGUGUGGAUAUUGUUCCUCCUUUUUAGAAUUUAGAGGCACAACACAGUUGUAGAAUACUUCUUGGGCAACCAAACCAUUUCCACAGCCUUUUGAAUGUCGCUGUAGAGUGGAAGCAAGAUAUCUCCAAGUCCAGGAAGUUUAUGGAGGGUCAUCAGCUAGGGGUAACUGGAUCACUUGGGUGGGAAACAGGGGUGGAUGGAUCCCCACCUUUAGAAAAUCCAGCUCACAGGACCCACAGUUGGAAUUAAAAGGGGUGU